GUGGGACUUCCGCUUUGACUUCGUGUUGUCCUCCUACCUCAGACUAGGGCUGUGGGGGUCGGUGCGGAUAUUCAAUCAUGAAGUCAGGCUAGGGUCUUCUCCCGCUGCACCGAGGCCGGCGAGCCUGUGUCUUGGGGCCCAGCCCUCCAGCUCAGAUUGCCGGCUGGGACGUGACCCUGCAGGGGCUCAGAUACCAGCUCCGUGCCCUCCUAAAGUCAGCACCUUUGCCAGGAGGUGAACUGGGUUGACCUGCAUUGAUGAAAGAACUCUGUCCCAGGGAGGGAGUGGGCAGACGCCAAACGAUGGUAUUCUAGAAGCAAUCACGCAACUUUGGGGGCAGCCACUGCAUGCUCUCUGGCUGCUUUUGGUGAAUUCCUCUAUUUCGUCCUAAUCUGGAGGUGACUUUCAGACAAGAUGCUGCUCUCCAUAGGGAUGCUUAUGCUGUCGGCCACACAAGUCUAUACCAUCUUGACUGUCCAGCUGUUUGCAUUCUUGAACUUACUGCCUGUAGAAGCAGACAUUUUAGCAUAUAAUUUUGAAAAUGCAUCUCAGACAUUUGAUGAUCUUCCAGCAAGAUUUGGUUAUAGACUUCCAGCUGAAGGUUUAAAGGGUUUUUUGAUUAAUUCAAAACCAGAGAAUGCUUGUGAACCCAUAGUACCUCCACCAGUAAAAGACAAUUCAUCUGGCACUUUCAUCGUGUUAAUUAGAAGACUUGAUUGUAAUUUUGAUAUAAAGGUUUUAAAUGCACAGAGAGCGGGAUACAAAGCAGCCAUUGUUCACAAUGUUGAUUCUGACGACCUCAUUAGCAUGGGAUCCAACGACAUUGAUGUGUUAAAGAAAAUUGACAUUCCAUCUGUCUUCAUUGGUGAAUCAUCAGCUAAUUCCCUGAAAGAUGAAUUCACAUAUGAAAAAGGGGGCCACGUUAUCUUAGUUCCAGACUUUAAUCUUCCUCUGGAAUACUAUCUAAUCCCCUUCCUCAUUAUAGUGGGCAUAUGUCUCAUCCUAAUAGUCAUUUUUAUGAUCACAAAGUUUGUCCAGGAUAGACAUAGAGCUAGAAGAAAUAGACUUGGUAAAGAUCAACUUAAGAAACUCCCUGUACAUAAAUUUAAGAAAGGAGAUGAGUAUGAUGUAUGUGCCAUUUGUUUGGAUGAAUAUGAAGAUGGAGACAAACUCAGAAUCCUUCCCUGUUCCCAUGCUUAUCACUGCAAGUGUGUAGACCCCUGGCUAACUAAAACCAAGAAAACCUGUCCAGUCUGCAAGCAGAAAGUUGUUCCUUCUCAAGGUGAUUCCGACUCUGACACAGACAGUAGUCAAGAAGAAAACGAAGUGUCAGAACACACCCCUUUGCUUAGACCUUUGGCCUCUGUCAGUGCCCAGUCGUUUGGGGCUUUGUCAGAGUCCCACUCACAUCAGAACGUGACAGAAUCUUCAGACUUUGAGGACGAUGACAAUGAAGAUACUGACAGCAGUGAGGCAGAAAAUGAAGUGAAUGAACACAGUGUUGUGGUCCAGUUGCAGCCCAAUGGUGAUCGGGACUGCAACAUAGCAAAUACCGUGUGACUUUCAGAAGGUGAUAGGUUCAUUUCCCUUUAAAACAUUUAUUUAGGUAUGUAAUUUGAUUUUUUUGCUCUUUUUAGAGAUUUCUGUAGAAAUACUUAUUUUUUAGUGUUCUAAUUUAAUCAAUUAUGAAAACAGGCUUUUAUCUGGUACUUAUCUUCAGGACUAUACUUUAUUUACUAAUAAGUAAUAACAGUCUGGUGCUGUAACUCAGGCAUCAAGGAUGAAAAUAGCCAAAACAUUUUUUUAAAAAAUCUCUAUAUAGCUCACGACUAAGACUUAGAUCAUCUUAUGCAAAUGUUUUGUUUCACACAUUAAAUCAGCGCCGCGGCCAUCUAGCAUGAGCAAAGGCCAAUGCUCAUACCUCCCUAAAAUCACCUAAGUAUGAGUUGGAAUUCAUUCUGAUGUUUUCCCAAGUUGCCUUCAUUGGUGAGAAGCAACAAGGUAUUUUACCAUUUCUCCUCCUAUCAGAACCGCAUAGAAAACUCAAAGCUGUCUUCAUUUCUCUUCCCAAGCCAACUUAUCAUGGUAUGUAGGAUCUGAAACUAGUACAGAUUACAAAAGGGUUUUACCCAAGCUGUCUUAUCCUGGUAAGAUCUGAAACUAGUACAGAUUUCAAAAGGGUUUUACUACUAUAGUGUUACAUAUGAAUAUGAUUCAACAGAUAAUGUCUUUGGACUUAUCAGAUUUCAGUAUCCUUAAGGGUUUUUGUGUUGUGAUCAAAGCAAAAA